AUGUCAAACUCUCUUGACCAGCUGAAAGCGACCGGGACCGUCGUUGUAUGCGAUUCCGGCGACUUUGCGACCAUCGACAAAUACAAGCCACAAGAUGCCACCACCAACCCGUCCCUGAUCCUCGCCGCAUCGAAGAAGGCCGACUACGCGAAGCUCAUCGACGCCGCUGUUGAGUAUGGCAAGAGCCAUGGCGAUUCGAUGGACGAGAAGGUCGAUGCCACACUAGACAGCCUGCUUGUGCAGUUCGGCAAGGAGAUCCUCAAGAUCGUCCCCGGCAAGGUCUCGACGGAGGUUGACGCGAGAUUCUCUUUCGACACCAAGGAAUCCGUCAACAAAGCUCUCCACAUCAUCGACCUUUACAAGGAGCAGGGGAUCGAGAAGGACCGCAUUCUCAUCAAGGUCGCCUCGACUUGGGAGGGCAUCAAGGCCGCCCACAUCCUGCAGAGCGAGCACGGCAUCAACUGCAAUCUCACUCUCAUGUUCUCUCUCCCGCAAGCCAUUGCUGCCGCCGAAGCUGGUGCCUUCCUCAUCUCGCCUUUCGUCGGCCGUAUCCUCGACUGGUACAAGGCAUCGACUAAGAAGGACUACGCGCCGCACGAGGAUCCUGGUGUCAAGAGCGUGCAGAACAUCUUCAACUACUACAAGAAGUACGGCUACAAGACGAUCGUCAUGGGUGCUUCAUUCAGGAAUGUCGGUGAGAUCACAGAGCUGGCCGGUUGCGAUUACUUGACCAUUGCACCCAAUCUUCUUGAGGCUCUCUACAACUCCAAGGACGAGGUGCCGAAGAAGCUCGACGCCAAUGAUGCCACAAACUUGGACAUUGAGAAGAAGAGCUACCUCAACGACGAGGCCACCUUCCGUUUCGACUUCAAUGAGGAACAGAUGGCCGUCGAGAAGCUUCGGGAGGGUAUCUCGAAGUUCGCUGCUGAUGCAAUGACCCUGAAGGACAUCCUUAGGGAGAAGAUUGAGAAGGCGUAG